CGCCGCCGAAAAAAGUUCAGCAUUGGACCAAGAUCAUGUCAGAAACAUUGCUUGGAAAACGCAAGGAGCGAGCAACUGGAGAUGACGCCCAGCCUUCUACGGAACCUAAAAGCGAGCAUGGCUCGACCCUCUUUGUCUCCAACUUGCCAUACACCGCAACAUCGACAGACCUGCAGACGCUCUUCUCCGACCUUGCUCCCGUCCGUUCUGCGUUUGUUGUCACCGAACAAGGCACUGGCGUCUCAAAGGGCGUAGGCUAUGUCGCCUUCUCAGCGCGCGAGGGAGCACAAGUCGCGCUUGACUCGGUAAACGAAGAGGGCAUUGUGCUGGAUGGGCGAAAGCUGAGGGUUACAUGGGCAGAUAAGAAGCCGAAGGAAAAGCCCAAGGCCUCCGUCUCUGCUGCUCCCCAACCUUCAUCCUCCAAACCCCGACCUCAAAAAACACCGUAUGCACAGAAGCCCAAAGACUCGGACGCCAUCCGGACGAUUGUCAUCUCUGGCCUGCCUGCAGGACUCGAUAGCAAGACGCUCUGGAAGAAGCUACGCAAGUACCCCGGCGCGGAGAACCCGCGCUUUCCGCUUACUCGGGACGACGGGAGCGAGGAUGCCUCGUCAGCACACGUCCUCUUCGACUCACCAGCAUACGCCCAAGACGCAGUAAACAAACUGCACGCCCACAUUUACAAGGGCGCAUUGCUCUCCGUCGUCCUCAAGAAGCGGCUCGAUACUGUGAGCACAACGGCACAGCCGGCUGUUUCCUCCUCCUCAUCAAAAACUAUAGCGUACCAACUAACGCCGGGGGACGCAGAACCAUCGGCUCCAACUCCAGCACCUUCGCGCGCAUCCCGCCUUAUCGUGCGCAAUCUGCCAUUCGACAUCUCAACGCAGGACCUCCGCGCGCUCUUCCUCCCCUACGGACCUAUACAUUCCAUCGACCUCCCGCUCGCAGCCCCUUCCCCAUCGACAUCCUCGCCAACGAAAUCGCGCACGAAGGCAAAACCAAAAGAAGCAUCCGACGACAGCUCCGAUGACUCUGAAGAUGACGCUCACGAAUCUGACGGCGAUAACGACGACGAGUCUGUCAAGGAGGAGCAAGAGCAGCAAGAUGAAGCGUUCCCGUCAGCACCGGCUCCAGCAAAAUCGGCCCGCUCAAAAGGCUUCGCCUUCGUGUGGAUGCUCUCCCGCCCGGACGCGCAAAAAGCACUCGACGCGCUCAAUGGGACGCGUGUGCGCGCCGGGCUCGCGCAGGACCUCGCGCGGGGCAAGCAGAUGCGCAAGAAAGAUAGAAGGGAGGAGGAGAAGCGCAAGCGAGGGGUGGUAGGCGUGAAGAAAGAGGAGGGCGCUGAGGGUGGGGUAGAGGAGGUUAAGGAGGAGGAGGGUGAGAAAGAUGCGAUGGACGUGGACGAGAAGGAGGAAGAAGGGGGGAAAGGAAAGCCGGGCGAACGGACUAUCGCUGUGGAUUGGGCGUUGUCAAAGGGGCGAUGGGAGGAGGAGAAGGCGCGCUUGGAGGUCAACGCGGAGGAACAAGGAGACGUCGAGAUGGAGCCAGCGGCCAGCGGCAGCGAGUCUGGCUCGUCCGGAUCCGAGUCGGACUCUGAUGGAGAGGAUGUGGAGGAGGACGAAGACGACGAGCUGGGCGUGCAUGAUGGACACUCUGGUUCCGAGGAUGAGGAAGAUGAGGACGAGGACGGCGAGGAUGAAGACGACGAAGACGCCCGCUCAGAUGGAGGCGCCCAGCAGAGCCGACCACAGCUCCCCUCGACGGACGUUGGCACGACACUGUUCGUGCGUAACAUCCCGUUCGAGGCGACCGAAGACGAGCUGCGUACACUAUUCCGCGCCUUCGGUCCCCUGCGCUACGCACGCAUCACCGUCGACACCGCGACCGGCCGCUCGCGCGGGACGGGCUUCGCGUGUUUCUGGAACCGCGAGGACGCCGAUGCGGUCUUGGAGCGUGCAGAUGCGAUUCGGAAGGAGACGGAGGGGACGGAUGACAAACAGCCGAACCCCAAUGCCAAGAGAGACCACCGUGUUCUCCCGUCAAUCCUCACGGCCGACCCGUCUGCGCCGCUUACGAGAGGCCUCGUCCUGCACAGCCGCACGCUCGACGUCGUGCGCGCCGUGACGCGCGAGUCGGCCGCGAAGCUCGCUGCUGAUGGCGUACGUGCCAGGGAGAAAGCGGACAAGAGGAACAUGUACCUCCUCCGCGAGGGCGUGAUCCUGCCAAACAUGCCCGCCGCAUCGUCUCUCACCCCCGCCGAAGUCGAUAAACGCACAAAGUCGUUCGACGCACGCCGUGUGCUGCUGCGCUCGAACCCGGCGCUGUACGUCUCGCGCACGCGGCUCAGCGUGCGCCAGAUCCCGCUGUACGUCUCCGAGCGGGGUCUGCGUCGGCUGGCGGUGCACGCGAUGCGCACGUUCGAGAAGGAGGUGAAGGCCGGCCACCGGGAAGGGCUGAACGAAGACGAGAAGGAGGUGCGGGAGGGCGACGCCGGGUUCGGAGGCGAGGGAGAGGAUGCGGCUGCGGGUGUCAAGCCGGAGGAAGGCGCGUCCGGCGACGAAGGCGGCGACGGCAAGAAAAAGGUCCUUCGGAAAUCCAAAGCCAAGUUUCUCAAGGACGGCCCUGUGAAGCAGUCCAAGAUCGUGCGUCAGGCGGAGCGCGUCGAUGCUGUGACGGGACGCCUGCGGAGUAGAGGGUACGGCUUCGUCGAGAUGCGGACGCACGCGGAUGCGCUGCGUGUCUUGCGGUGGGCGAACAAUAACCCAGCCGUCGGUGUGCUGGCGCGGCGAUUCUGGGCGGACGAGCUGAGGGGCAUCAUAAAGCUGGGGACCGCUGGGCUCAAGGGCAAGGCCCCCGACGCCGCCUCUGGGAAGGGCGGGAAGAAGAAGGGAGAGAAAAGUGGUGAGGAUGGGGAAGACGAGGGGAAGAAGGACGAGGCUGACGCGAGGCUGAAGCGCCUGAAGGACGAGUUGGAGCGCAUUGAGCACGAGCUCGAGGCUGGCAAGGAGGGCAAGGACGGGAAGAACACACUCAUCGUCGAGUUCUCGAUCGAGAACGUGCAGGUCGUCAAGAGGCGUGCGGUGCGAGAGCAAGACUCGCGGGGCGGUGGCGGUGGCCAGUCAUCGGGCACCGGCGCUGGUCAUGGUGGAUCCCGAGAGAGGCGCGGCCCUCCCCAGCACAGGGCGGCUGGCAAGCACGACAAGAAGACGAAGAAGGAAGAUAGAGAUGAGGGCAAGGAGCGGCCGCCCAAGAAGAGGCGCAUGUCGGGCGCGAGCGAGCACGCUAGCCCCGGUAAGAAACCGAAAGCCGAUGGGAAGGAGAAGACAGAUCCAAACAUCGCGUCGAUUAUUGGCCGCAAGCGAAAAGAGCGGAAGGGUCACCAAGUUUCUGCGACGACAGGGGACGAUCUUGACGCAUCUAAGGUCGAGACAUCUUUCCUGGCUCCACUCCGUCUCCUCACUCUCAGGACGCACUAUUUCUCCGUCUUGGGACCGAAAAUUGCCGACAUGUCUGCAUAUCGUAUGCCACUCUCAGUCCAACUUGAAGUGUACUAUGCGUUUCAGGCGCAGGAUUAUAUUUCCGUUUUGAAGGCCUUUUUGGCAGUGUAUGAUUGGAGUAAGUGCAGUGCAGCAAAGAACGCUCUGCGCUUAUCAGUAACCACCUCGUCCCUAGUCAUCAACAUUGACCGAGAGAUUAACUUGAUCUGGCUUAAUCUUGGACGCACUUAUUCUUACGGCCUGUCGCACAUUACUGGAAAGCUGCGAUAUGGUGGUAUAUUCUUGAGCGUACUUCUUGCCUAUAUAACAGUUCAGGUGUCCCUGCAAACACCAAUACCUUUGAAGUGUAAGCUAUUGUUUUUCACGCAAACCCUAUUCCAGCCAACUGUGGUUUAG